CCUUCUCCUUUGCUGCCUCCACACGCUCCCUCCCUGCUUGCUUUGCAGCUGGGGUGGGGGAGGGAGUGUUGCAGGUAGGAGAGGCAGCCCUGGGCUCUCUCCCAGCCCUGGGCUCCCUCGACUGGGAUCCCCUGGGCUGCAUCAUUGGCAUGCGGCACCCGGCAGGACUGCAUCACUGCUAGAGGAGAUGCCAGCGCAGAGCCUCGCUGCGCCGCACACCAUGCUGCACCGUGCAGGCAGCAGCACCGCUGACAACUUGGGGUGUGCAAGUACCUGGAUGCAGUCGCAGUGGGAUGAUCGGCUUGGCUUGCAGAGCAUUUACUUCUAAUCUCCGGCUUGUGACAUCCUAUUGGAAAGAGGCGACCCUUUCAGGAGCAGCUCCACAGGCUAGAAAGAGGGGAAAUUGCUGGUGAAUGGCUGUGAUGAAAUAUUUCCUAGCUCUGGACAUGACUUUCACCACCACAAUGAUUCAGGAAAAACCUGUCAAAUCCUCGUAGCUCCCUGGCUGUGCAAUUUGCUGUUCUCUUGCUGUUCACCAGUCAGCAGCUCUUCCCACCCAAGGCACAGCGAGUUACAAAUGACAGCUGAAAAGUGAAGCAUUAUCAAAAGCUGUGUAAGACUCUGUCAGAGAGAAAAGUUAUACAGUAAUUCUUCUGAGCCAGGAAAGCUGUGUAUUCCAUCAGUUCCAAAAAAACAGAGUGAAGAUAUGUUCAAGUAACCAAUAUCAGAAAUUGCACGGAUCAGUACAUAAAUUAGACUAUCUACACACGGUGAUCUACAGCAUCUAGAAAUCUCCAUUCAGAAUGGAUGAUGGAUAUAGAAAUACAAACCAAGUCUCAGAUGACUACAGGUACCAGGAUGGUAACUACGAAGGAUAUGCACCCAACGAUGGCUACUAUCGCAGUGGGGAUGAGCCCGCUCAUGAAGAGGAUGCCCAGAGUGAUGUUACAGAAGGCCACGAUGAAGACGAUGAGGUCUAUGAGGGGGAGUACCAAGGGAUCCCACACCCAGAUGACAUUAAAGAAAAGCAGAAGAAGCGAGCUCCUGCUGUGGCUGAUGAGUACAGAGACCGUGCUGACCUUAUGGCAGAGAGAAUGGAGGAUGAGGAGCAACUUGCCCACCAGUAUGAGAACAUCAUUGAGGAAUGUGGCCAUGGACGCUUCCAAUGGACCCUCUUCUUUGUUUUAGGGUUGGCACUGAUGGCAGAUGGGGUGGAGGUAUUUGUGGUUGGAUUUGUUCUUCCCAGUGCUGAGAAGGAUAUGUGCUUAACCAGUUCGAACAAAGGGAUGCUAGGUUUGAUAGUCUACUUAGGAAUGAUGGUGGGGGCUGUCUUGCUGGGUGGUCUUGCUGACAAACUGGGAAGAAGGAAAUGCCUCAUCGUAUCACUUGCAAUCAAUGCUGCCUUCGCAUUCCUCUCCUCCUUCGUCCAGGGAUACGGAUUCUUCCUCUUCUGCCGCCUUAUCUCAGGCCUCGGUAUUGGGGGAUCUCUCCCGAUUGUGUUUGCCUAUUUCUCUGAAUUCCUAUCUCGUGAGAAGAGGGGGGAACACCUGAGCUGGCUUUGCAUGUUCUGGAUGAUUGGUGGCAUUUUUGCCUCAGCAAUGGCUUGGAGCAUCAUCCCACAUUACGGCUGGGGGUUCAGUAUGGGAACCAACUACCAAUUCCACAGCUGGAGAGUCUUUGUACUUGUCUGCUCUCUGCCGUGUAUCGCCUCCCUGGUGGCACUGAAAUUCAUGCCAGAAAGCCCGCGAUUUUUGCUGGAGACGGGUAAACACGAUGAAGCCUGGAUGAUCCUCAAGCAAGUUCAUGACACCAACAUGCGGGCCAAGGGCGAACCAGAGAGGGUGUUUACAGUUUCCUAUAUCAAAACUCCGAAGCAAGUAGAUGAAUUUAUUGAAAUCCAGAGCUCAACAGGGACCUGGUACCAGAGGUGGUUAGUCAGAAUCACAACUAUUUUAAAGCAGGUCUGGGACAACGUGCUAUACUGUUUAACAGCCCAGUACAGGAUGAACACACUGAUGCUGGCUGUGGUUUGGUUUACAAUGGCCUUAAGUUACUAUGGCCUUAUUGUCUGGUUCCCUGACAUGAUCCGGUAUCUCCAAGAAGAGGCAUAUGAAUCCCGAGUGAAGAUUUUUGAUGAGGAAGAAGUGUCACACUUCACCUUUAAUUUCACCUUGGAAAACCAGAUCCAUAGAAAUGGGGAAUACAGAAAUGAUAAAUUUAUUGGUAUGAAAUUCAAGGAAGUGAGAUUUGAGGAUUCGUUGUUUGAGGACUGCUACUUUGAAGAUGUGACAUCCAGCGAGACUUUCUUUGAAAAUUGCACCAUCAUAUCUACUGUCUUUUAUAAUACUGAUCUCUAUGAACACAAAUUCAUCAACUGCAGGCUUAUAAACAGCACGUUUAUGAAGGAGAAGGAAGGCUGUCACCUGGACUUCGAGGAGGAUAAUGACUUCCUGAUCUAUCUCGUCAGCUUCCUGGGCAGUCUAUCUGUGCUGCCAGGCAACAUCAUCUCUGCGUUACUCAUGGACAAAAUAGGGAGGAUAAAGAUGAUUGGUGGCUCAAUGUUGAUCUCGGCAGUGUGCUGCUUCUUUCUCUUUUUUGGUAACAGUGAGUCAGCAAUGAUUGGCUGGCAGUGCCUCUUCUGCGGGGCCAGCAUUGCUGCUUGGAACGCCCUGGAUGUGAUCACCGUGGAGCUCUACCCCACUGACAAAAGGGCAACUGCCUUCGGCAUCCUCAAUGGUCUUUGCAAGUUUGCCGCCAUCCUGGGGAACUCAAUCUUUGCCUCCUUCGUGGGCAUAACGAAGGUGGUUCCCAUCCUUCUGGCUUCCUCCGCUCUGGUUGGAGGUGGCCUGCUUGCUUUACGCCUGCCAGAGACUCGAGACCAAGUCCUGAUGUGAGCAACUGAGGCCAGGGAGGUCAGCAGGGCAGAUGAAGAAGAACAAAAAGAGCCAUAUUUGGAAAAAUGAAAAUGACCAUUUCUAUACUGUUCUGUCAAUACCUCAAAGAGAGAGGGCAGAGGGAAAGAAGAGCCCAAAGGGAUAAAAUUAACCCCUAGUUUCUGACCCUUUUACAGCCACAACUGGUGCAUGCAACUACUACAUGCUCCUUGCAGAGCUUGGGUUUAACCUUGCCUACACUGGACGUUUACCCUUUCCCUCUCCAUCCCAGUGUAACCACACAAGACGUGAACAGUGGCUUUGUGCAUGUGUGCACCUGCGUGGGUGUGAGCGUGUCUAACAGGAGAACAGAUCCUGAGCCCCUCAUGCCUUUGCUGAGCUGUGAGAUACUGCCUGCCUUGCCCAGCACUCCUUGGCAAUUCACAUCAGCUGUGCUCAAACACGAAGGGCAUCUGAAGGGGAGGCAGGUAACAAACCUACUCUAGGUGAGCUCCAGCAGUAGGGACAAGAGCUACAACUCUGACUAGUGACCCUCACUGUUUUGAUUCUGAACUGCCCGGAAGGGUGUGAGUCCUGAAUUCUGGAGGAUGUGUGGGAGGGUGUUUGGCUCUUUCAGAAGAAACAGGGUUUCAAACCCCUUUAGUGUCUUCACUUGGGCAUAGAGAAUCACUAGGCACCUUUUUGGUCUGGGAGAGAAAUACAUAGAGAAUUUUAUUAUAUAUAUAUAUAUGUAUUUACACAUACCCGCAAAUGUGCAUACGCAUCCAAGUGAUCAGCUAUUGAAAUGUAUAAAUUUUAAUUUCUGCACCUUUAAGAAGAUCUUAAGAGGGACACCAAAAUUUAUGUAUUGACACAUACCUGCAAGUGUGCGUACACAUAAAAGUGACCAGCUAUUGAAAUUUAUCAUUUUUAAUUUCUGCACCCUUAAGAAGAUCUUAAGAGAGACACCAAAAUUUUACCCCGCUGAUUCAAACUUAUCUGGAGUUGUGAAAAACUUAGUGACACUUCAUUCUUUAUAUCCAGACACCAAAUAUUUAAAUGUAUUGCUGGCUGGUAAUAUAUAUUUCUAUGAUGAUUAAGAGGUUUUUUUUCCUACAGCGUUCACAGAGAAGUUGAUACAAUGUUGGAGCAUUCCACAAACCAAAUGUGUACAUAUCAUCCAGUGUAAAUAGGGGAAUUUUUCUCUAAUACCUAGAGUAUGGUAACUGUGAAUUUACCAGCAUUUUAGCCAUAUUAUUUAAAGAAUAUGAUGCUUGAUUUUCUUAUAUACUUGGGUCUCAUUGAAACACUGUAAGCACAGUUACUUAAAGCCAUUUAACUUGUUAUACAGGGAAUGCACGCAGCAAGCUUUCACGGUACAGAACAUUAAAUUCUCCAUUAAGUUAGGUUUGAUAUACUGCAAAGACCAUUUCUGAGAUUCAUAUGCCCUUUUUAUCAUACGAGUUAGAUUCUGUGGCAUGUAGAAGUGAAGCAAGUUGUGUAUUUUUGGAUAUACUUUCUUGGGAAGCAAGAAUGAAAUUCAUACUGUUAAAUAAUGUACCAGUGCUCUCAUUUGACUACAUAGUGCUAAUUAGACACUUUCAACAAGCUCAGCAAUAGACCAGAAUUGAUCAGAAACUACCAUAUAAUGCAGGGAAUUUGACUCACUGUUAUUUCAUGACAUAAAAAAUCCCUUCGUGCUUUUGCUCAUGAUCUUCCCAUUUACCUUUCUUUGGAACUCUCUUUUUUUUUUUUUCUCUUCUUUUUCUCUCUUUUUAUUUUUUUUUUAAGAAAAAAAUGCAAGGUUAGGCUGAAUUCCAAGGGGACUGAAGUCUGACACCUCUACCUUCAGCUGCACAGAGGCAGUCAAACAACCUGACAGCUGACUCCAGGGCCAGCCCACCCAACUGUGGGAGUCAGGGUUGGUGCUGCUGCAGGGGGCAGAGGAAGGACACAGAGCACGGUUAGAUGACAAGAAGAAAAUCCUUGCCAAUGAGGCAAAACGCUCCAAUGAGCAUCACUUUUAUCAUUGUGUCAAUCAGGGAUAAACACUUCUGCAGCAUCUAGGCUACAAUGGGCUAUUUGGGAUCUUUGAGAUUUAUUCUGAGGUUUAUGAAACUGAUAAAAUCACAAGCUGCUGUAAUAACUGAGCUUAUUAUGCCUCAUUUCUUCAUUUUAUGGGUAGCUUAGGGCCUUUUUUUGAUUUGUCUUCAAAACAGCAAUUUUCUUUCUCUAAGGUAGAAGUGAAUGUAAUUAUGUCCUUUGGCAACGGUUCACAGCUUCUGUUGAGAAUCACAGCCCAGAAUGUGGGUUUUUUUUCUAUAAGAAUGUCUCGUCCUUUUACAUGGUGAGAAGCAGCUAAAUAUGUAUUUCAGCACAAAGAUCACCACGGUCUUUAUGUUUUUCUUCUAUUUUGUUGGGCUGUGCAAUGCCAAUUACAUUGCGUUUGGGGAAAAAUAGUUUCUUUCAUUUUCUGGAUGAUUCUGUUGUGUUUUGGUGUGAAGCCAGAACUUAUCUUUAUUUAUUUCAUGGAAGCACAGCUAGUUACAUAUCUAUCCAAUGUUCUGACAGCAAACCUGACUAUUUGUGUUCUCCUUUGAAGUUGUACAGGGACAACAAUGACAUAAUUUAUUUUGCAAAACUUCUUUAUUAAUUUUUGGAGAAGGAUGAAAUUGAGGUCCUAAGGAGAUAGAACUGGUAAAGUAACAUCAGGAAAUGUUAUCCAGUGUUAGAAACCUUUCUUCAUUACAGCUCUUUCACAGGCUGAUAAACCUCAGAUUAGCUGGGACAAGGUAAAGAGCAAUAGGAUCUCGCUUUCAAUGUCAACCAGGCUACUCAUAUGACUGUAGAAACCCUUUACACUCCUAAAAUCCAUGGUCACCUGAGGACAGGGGAAAAUGCAUGUCUUGACAAAGCUCCUAUCCCUGGGAGUUUAUGACCUAAUAUAAAAGUGCAAAGAAAUGCUGGAGCUGGUACACAAGGGCCUUGGAAAGGACACCAAGGAACAGAGAAGGACGAAAGGAAAAGCUAAGCAGAAAACAUCUCACCUAGCCUUAGACGCCCAUGAGUUAGAUGUCUGGAUUGGGACUCAUUGCCCUGGGUUUUCAUUAAUCUCGGCUGAAAGGCACAAGAAAUGUACGUGGCCACUCUCAGGCACCAUGCUGAGAUGAUGACUUGCCCUGGAUAGAUCUGCUGUCCCUUUUCUCUAACAGAGAAAUCCAGGGACACGACUCCAGCUCAGGCAUUUGCCUUUGACACCUGGGCUGAUGUUGUUCAUCCAGCUUCAGUGUGAACAAUACUUCCUGAUGUGUUUGUUUAUUGUUCUUGUCAUGGCCUAAAUCAGUGUAGACUUCAUACUAUUGCUCUCCAGAGAAAAACGGUCGAUGAGUGUAGUCCCCUCGGCGUUGGCUGUGUUUUGAUUUGGGUCUCAGUUUCAAGCUGUGGUCUACCUGCUAGACUGAGCCUGAGCCACGGAGUCCUGGAGCACUGUGCAGGGGGAGAUUUCUCGCCAGACACAUGCGUUGAAGGCUCAGCUUUAUUUCUACUGUAAAAAUCAGUGUUAUACCUGCAAUGCAAGGGCCAGCAUGCCUCCUUCAUUGGUUCCCCCUGCCUAUGUUUGCCACAGUGAACAGUCUCCCUGCCUUGGAUACACCGGACCACUCACAGAGAAAACUGCUGGCCGUGGGUCUACUGAUGAUCUCUGCACUACACUAUUUCUUUGGAUUCAUAAACUUUACCACAACAGGGGGGCACAGAGGACCAAGACAGGGGACUUGCCUUAAAUCCCAAAGACCUCUUCUAAAGAACAGCUGGACCUCUUUAUGCAUGCAUGGCAUACCAGGGACUUUGUGGCAUGGAAAAGAUGGGUCUAGGGAACCCAAACUGGCCUGCUGUGGCUUAGUGUCUUUAUUUCUAUGGCAGUGCCAUGAGGCUCACAGCAAGAGUUCAUUACUGAGUUUCUGAGCAUGCAGAAACAGACAUUUAGAGGAACACAA